GGGGAGGAGGAAGAAGAAGCAAGCAGGAAGGCUACAGAGCAGCCAUGGAACAGACGGUCCGUGGAGAAAAUGAAUCGCAGGAGGAAACUGAUCAAAAACUGGACCCUAUACCAGAUAGAUUGAAAAAAUUCUCAUCACCUGAUGAACUGCGGCAACAUGGUUGGACUGGAGUGCAAGGUCUUCCACUCAAUGGACUGGACUUUCUUGUUGAGACUGAAAUCGUCUAUCUUAGAGGGAACCCGGACGAACCCUCAGAGAUCUUCCUGUACGGCUACAAGGAACACCAGCAACUUGUUUUCGGAGAGAUCGAAUAUCCGUGGUGUAUGGUGCUUUGUCCUGGCAACCGGACGUUCGACAUGACGGGGAUUCGUAGAGGACAGACAGUCAUGAAGUUCCAUAGGCCUUUUCGCUGGGAAAGUGGUUGCUGUGGGUGCUGCUGCUGCUGUUGCUUACAGGAGAUUAUUGUGGAAGCACCGGAAGGUCAAGUAGUUGGCUACGUGCAGGAGGACUGCAGCACCGUGUGCUCUUCCUUUACUAUCUUGGAUGCAAAUGGAGUCUCCGUGCUCAAAGUGCAGGGCCUCUGUACCUGCGUGCUGAUCCCCUGCUGCCCAGGACCAACAUAUUUCGCGGUACUGCCCUUUGCACCACAAAAAAAUAUCUACGUUCCGGAUACGAUACAAGCUAUUGGAUGGAUACAGUUCGGUGACUGUCCACUUACGGAGAGUAGAAUGCAGGUCGCCAUGAUGCAGUAUCCAAAGGACCUCGACGUUGGACUUAAAGCAACCGUUAUUGCGUGUGCAAUGCUGAUAAAAUACAUCUUCUAUGACGAAAUGUCCAUCCAUUACUGGAUUGGCUGUGUGCUCAUCUGUCCCGCCAUGUGCAAGGUUUUAAGCCGCCAUCACCACCACUACUAACUUCUGCGCACCUUGCGGAAGCGUCAGCGACCAAAAUUAUGACGUGCGUUACGGAUCUUCAAGAUUUUUCGUCGUUUAAAUAAAACUAACGAAGCACGA